UUUUUUAAUUUUAGCAGUGUAUUUUUUUUAAAAGCUCUAAAAAAAAUGGUCUCAAUGUGGGCCAAACACAAAUUUAGGCAGCAACAAAGUUAUUUAUGCAAUAGUAAUAGGGAUUGUGGUUAUAUACCUAUAGACGAUGAAAGCAUACAUAGAAUUGGAUUAAGAGGACGAAAAAAAUGUUUAUUUUAUGGACUAUUAGGGUUAUUAUCUUUAUUAACACUAUUAAAUAUUUUGUUGAACCUUUUAUUAUUUUUUGCAUACAAGCUUUAUAAUCCUCAUCAUGCUUUUGUAGAUUUCUGGUCUCAUAAAGAUAAAAUAUCAUUUAAUAGGGAAGUUUUAAUUACAAAUGCAUUACCAUCAAAUAAUGAGUUAUUAAAUAUACCUGGACAGGAAUUAAUUGUAACUGCUAAUAGAAAUAAUGAAGUUUUUAUAAAUUCUCAAUUCAGCAAUAGAUCAAAACGUAGUCUAAAUACUAAAAACACAAAAUUAAGAUUUGAUGCAAAUCAAACUAUCUUUGAGGAUACCGAGCAAUUCGCAUUUAUAUUACCCUCAACCCAUUUAAAUGAAUCCAUUAUGGCAGAUAAUGUCUACUUUUCAGGUUUUGUUAAUGACAAAAGUCUACCCUUUCUUCCAGAUUCAAUCAUUUUGAAUAGAGUUUGGACACCAAAAGUAUCUAAUUAUGUUAACGAUUUUGCUUAUGAUGAAAAUGCAUUCAAAAUGAGAAUCGUUUCGGAUGGCCAAUUCAUAAAAUUGAGAGGUAACCAAGGGAUUACUUUUACAACUACUGAUCUAAAUCUCAAUGCUACACAAGAUAUAAAUAUUAUGUCGAAAGAAGGAUCCAUAUUAUUUACCAACACGAAAGGUAAUAUUUUUAUACCUACCCAAUAUCUGCCAUUUCAAGGCUUUGCCGACGGGAAUAUAGACGCGUCUUCAGACGGAAAAUUGCUUCCUAGUUUUAAGCUUUGUGUGUGCAUGCCAAGUGGCAAACUCUUUAGCGUUCCGGUUCUUGAUAAAAAUACUAAUUGCAUUGUGAAUGGCUUGGCUCCUCGUCAAAAUCACCCCUGUAAAGAAGAGAUGGAUUAAAUUAAUUCUACUUUAUAAAUAAUAUCUAAGGUAUUAUCUUAUGUUUUUAAUAUAGUUAACCUUUCUUUCAAUAUAAUUUAUUCAUAUUACGUGUGGUUUAAUUAGUAUUAUUUGUGCAAUAUAUCAAUCUAAAUUAAUUAUUUAUAUUUCAA